UGAACACCGCGCACGCUGAGGACACGCUGGCUUUUCUUUCGUCCACACACCUGUCGGGCCGUUUUAAUCGCCUUGAUUGGCGGUCAUCAUGGCUCGUGAGUGGCCACACGAGAAGCGCGUGGAUUAAAACCGACCCAACUCCAGCGAGGCCCUGCUGAAGAUGGGGGAGCAUGUAAGAAAAUAAGACAAAUGAUGACCUGAAGAUUAAAGACGAUGAUGAAUGGACACAUCAAGACACACAACCUCCUCUAGAAGAAGCAUUGAAAGAAUCAUUUCCCUGAUCCUUUUUGUACAUGUUUAUGGUGCCUCUGUUUUGUUUUACUUUUGGGAAACGAACAUGUCUGAAAAUGUGGAGAUUAAGUUGGCAUCCCUUUUGUCACUGACUCGCCUGGGGAGGUUUUCAAAAAUUAAAGUGGUUUGCUUCCUGAUUGUCUUGACACUGACGCUUCUCAUCAUGGCUUCCUACAACCUGACGUGGGACAAGACAAGAUUUCCCUUCACCACCUCACCCAAUCAGGUCAGGCCUGGGGUCGUCCAGUCAAACACAGCAGCAGCUGAAGUUUCCUCUAAAAACAAUUUAAUAGACAUGAAACAGCUGGUGGAGAUCAUUAACUCCAAACUGGAAUACACACCCAGGAAGGUGCCUGAUGAAAAGGAUGUCAUUGAAAUGGACUCUCAUUUGUUCUCUGUAAUUCCUCGCCAUUUCCUGCCUGGUAUCAAGAGCCCUUGCUGGAAUGAGGAGAUCUCCAGUGAACGCAGCACUAAUCCAUACAGGAGGAGGCCCUUUUCUCUGCAGUCAUCUGGCGUUAAGACUGUGUUUGACAACCGAAGGACCAACUUAAAUAAGCACUUACAACACAGAGACAGCAAACAGUUUCGUUUGCGCUGCUUGCCGUACUUCUACAUCAUUGGCCAACCAAAGUGUGGCACAACUGACUUGUACUACAGGCUGCGACGGCAUCCAGAGGUCAGGUACAGCACAGUGAAGGAACCACACUGGUGGACUAGGAAACGCUUUGGAUAUGUCCAUGUCAGAGAUGGCUUCAAGGGAAUUAUUCCUGUGGAAGAUUACCUGGAUCUCUUUGACAAGGCAGCCCAACACAUCCAAGAAGAAAUGAAUAGAAACUCAUCUGGAGACCACCACAUGACCCAGUUCGUAACAGUUGAAGCCAGUGCAUCCACUAUGUGGGACAACCAAGCCUGGAGCUGUGUGCACAGAGACAGGAAGGAGACAGAGCCCGGUUUUCUGACCCAGGACUUCAUCCACACACUGCAGCCUGGUGCCAAACUUAUUGUCAUCCUGAGAGAUCCAGUAGAGAGGCUUUAUUCUGACUACCUGUAUUUUAGGAAGGACAAAAAGUCAGUCGAGGACUUUCAUCAGAAGGUCAUGAAGUCUGUCCAGUUGUUUCAGUCCUGUCUGUCUCGGCGGUCACUUCGUUCCUGUGUCUACAACAGCAGGCUCCUUGAUGCCAUGCCGGUGAGACUAAAUGUGGGGUUGUACGUUGUCUUCUUACUGGACUGGCUGACAGUUUUCCAGCGGGACCAGAUUCUAGUUCUACGACUGGAGGACUACUCAGCCGACCUGAGAGCGACAUUACAGAAAGCUUUUGAUUUUCUGGGUCUAAGUCCUCUGUCAGUGGAAAACGAGACAGAACUGAUGAAAAAGCGUGUAUCAAACAGCCGGCGGGGGGCAGACAGAAAACUAGGUCCUAUGCUUCCAGCCACCAGAGACCUCCUCAGGGAAUUUCACCAGCCCUUCAACCAUAAACUGGCCAGUGUGUUGGACGACAGCGCCUUCCUCUGGAGUUACCCCUGAAGAGAUAGGAGCGUGGACGAAACGUGAACGGCUGUGAAAAAGCACAUAAAACCCUUAAAAUGCAUUGUUACAUUCCCAUAAAUUCAUUAAUCCACACAUCUGGAUGGAAAUCAUGUGGUGAUGGUACUAUGAUUUGACCUUUUAUAUAGAAAAAUAUCCCCUGUCCCAUUAAUUAUUACAUUGAAAAUAAUUUAAUUUAAUUUACAACACAGUACUCAUUUGAAAGGGGUACAUCUUAUAACUUGUUUGGGCACACAGUUGGCUCUGUGGGUCAUCAAGACCAUAUUGACAGCUGAGACAUUUCAGUACUAACAAAUGAAGUGUUAAAACCUCUCCAACCUCAUUGAUCCAGCUGUGCGUGAGUCAGUACAAACUCAUACUGCAAACUGUUUGAACUUAAAUUCUAGAAGAGAUCUCAAAGUGGUCCUGAAACAAUUUGUCCAUAUUUGAAGAUUCACUUAUAUUUAUCAAGCAAACCUUUGUCUCCCCUCUCUCAAAUGUGAGGUUUUGCUGCUUUUCUGUGUUUUAUUUAAUUGUAAAUUAAAUAUCUUUGGCUUUUGGUCAUACUAAAUAUACAGUUUGAAGAUUCUGAGAAAUUCUGAGAAGGUUUUGUGUAAAUGAUGGUGUUCGAGUGACAUCGUGUUCAUAUUGAGGAAUUAAUCACAAGAGGGCACUAAAACACAGAUCAUAAGUCCAGUACCUCAGCAUCCAAACACUUUGUUCCACACACCUGUUUACCUUAUUGUGAUAUUUCAUAGUGUUAUGACACAGGUCAAUAUGAGGGUGGUUGUUUAAGCCUGCCCACACAAAAUUAUAAACAAUGUUUUUCUUUUUCAGUUCGAAGGAAUUCAUGUAUCUGUGAUUCAGGGCUGAUGGGCACACAUCAUCAGGCUGCUUGAUUAUUGCAAUAAUAAAAUACAGAGUAACAAACCAAAUACAGUAUAACCAAAGCCUGGAAUUCAGGAGAGAGAGGGAGUUUAAUGAUAAAGCAGAUGGUCAGACCAGACCAGGUCCCUGAUGACCCGGAUUCACCUUCCAGGCACCAGAUUGAACCCCACAAUCAAAUUCUCAGGUGGUCACGGUAAUUAUAUAUCCUAAACAGUGCAAUGUAAAAGAAAAACCACAUUCUUCUUGCAUAUGCACAGUAAUAUACCUAUAUAUCCAUGCAGGUAUACACACACACACACAUACACACCGUUAUACUGUAUUUGAUGAAGAUACAAUGUUGAAAUGUCACAGUCUGCUGAAUAGAGAAUCUUGGAGCAUUAUUUUGCAUGUGGCAACCAAGAAAUUUAAAAAGAGAAUAAAUUUGUUUUAUGGCUUUAACCCCACAAACUAAUUUCCAUAUAUUUCAGGAAUUUAUCAUCAGGAUUUUUGUAUGUGUGUAUGUGAUGAGAUAUAUGAUAUGUGGUAGUAUGGAAUAGUAUUUUGCUUGAGAAUUGUAUGUUUGUCAUAACCGAGUUUGUUGGCCUUGACAAAAAUGGGAAGCAAUUGU